GCUUGCCUCCCCGCGCCGCGCCGCCCUCACGCCCACGCUCGCGCCCGCGCUCGCGCCCGCGCCGCCCGCUGCGCGCCGGCUUAACGAGACACUGGCAACAAUGAACCCGCACACGCACCACCACCAGAGUUAGCUCUAGGCCGUCCUCCUCCGCCGCGGCCACCAAAUCCCCUCACCACCGGCGACCCACCCGGACCCCGACCGGGCCUACCGCGCCACCAUCCGUGCAUCCGCCACCACCCCACGCCUCGUGCUCGCUGCCUGCGCCUGCCUCCACCGGGGCCCGAGCGCUUCCAGCCCUGCUCCGCUCCGCUGCUCGCUGCGAGGGUGCUGGCGCUUAUGUCAGGGGCGCCGCUGGCCUUCAGGGUUGGGUCACUGGACGAUGGAUUCGUUGGAACCGCGCUGGUCGGGGCAUAUGCAGCGUGCGGAUGCGUUGGGGACGCGCGGAAAGUGUUUGACGGAAUGGCCGUGCGGGACGUCGUCUCCUGGGGCAUCAUGCUUGAUAGGCGAUGUAAUCUAGGGACCUUCAAGAAGGAUCCCUCUCUCUCCCAGAUCCGAGCUGAAACCCCGAGCGGAGGCCCGGCCAUACGCCAACGGUCGUCCCCUUCACAGCAGAAGAUUGUGGCACUCGAGGCCGAGAACAAGAGGCUCAAUGAGGAGGUAGCAAACCAUGCCAAGCAGCUGGCCGAAAUUAAGGCGUUCCUCCAGAGUCAGAAUGGGGGGGCUUUGUUCAGUCCUCAUGCGAGUCCUUCAACCGUGGGUUCGAAUAACCCACCUCAACUGCAAGCAGGCGACCGAUCUACGCCUUCGCCAGGACAUGCCAGGCAAAUUGCUUCACCAGACGACUAGUUUCCCGUCAACCUCUAGUUUGCUUUCCCUUUUCGCCGCUUCAUGGACAUAUAUAUUGGACAUAUUAUGCUUGUGUGAGACAUGUUUCGUUUGAUGAACAUGUCGAUGUUCGAUGAACAUAUUAUGGUUGAUGUGAUAUAUAUGUCCCAUAUUGUGUUUGUGAUGUCAAAUAUGUGUCAUGUAUAUUGUCUGUGAUUUGUUUGUGAACACAGAAAAAAAAUAAAAAUAAAAAAAUUAUA